UCAUACAUUUAAAAUAAUUUAAUCAGCCACACUUCUUUGUUAAACUUGUAGAAAAGUGUUAUUUGGUAGCUUGUACAUUUCUUUGUAGGGGCGUGGUUACGCUGAGGGCGUGCUUUCCUCUGUUGUUCAAAUUCGCGAGGAGGGCAAGUUGCUGGCUAGGCACCGUGAAACAUGGAAUUUAACGACAGCUUUUUAAUUAAACACACCGACGACCUAAAGCUGCCAGCCACAGGAACAGUGCACAGACAGCAGAUGACUCUCCACUGUCACCAGUGCAACGCCGUCCUGGCGGACUCCACAGGCGUCUGUGGGGAGAUGAAAAGCAUGGACUCUCUUAUGUGCAUAAGAGUAACCAACGAUGUAGUCAUUAGUGACAAGAUGGAGUCAGGACAUAAAGGGGAAAUGACUAAUUGCAUCUACAGCUCUUUAAAAUGCCGUGGCUGCCGCUGUGCUCUGGGGAAAGUCAUUCACUCAGCACCCUCACGUUUGGCUCUGAUUCGGUCCAUCUUUCUCCUCUACAAAGCAAACAUCAACUGUUACAUCCUCAACAGCAGCUCCCUGGUGAAGGCAUCCACACUCACAUUUGAUCAGAAGCCACUCAGAGAAAGCAUGAAUGAGGUGAGACAACAGUUUGAAGCACAGCUGGAACAGAUGUCACGCAUUAAGAACAGACUGGUAGACAGAAGUGUUACCAGUAAUAUGGUCAACUAGUGUACACAGGACACCCAGCUUGACCUGGGAUUAGGGAAAAUGUGUUCUUCAGUCUGCUGCGUACUGUAUAUGGUUUUUGGUGAUGGUGGCAUUUAUGCGCCUCCAUAUGCUUGUAAAGAAAAUUAUAUCACUAAUAAUGGAUUCUAGCUGAAAUGUGUUUGUUCCAUUGGAAAAUAAAGGGAAGAUCAGAGAACGCUAAUAUGUCAGAUUGUUUGUAAACAAUGGAUGCAGCUCUAACAUUCAAGAGUGUGAAUACUUAAACCUGCCUCAAACCUGCAUUCUUUAGAAGGACCAGCAGAGGGCGCCUCCUCAUUGAAAAAUCAAUUCUUAAGGUAAAGAUGGAAAAACCCUCCCGCUUCUUUGAUCUGCCACUUUCCUGUUGAGUUUAUGGCCUCGGUCACUAUUUUUAAGUCUUACUGAAUACGGCAUGAUUGUUUUAUUUUGUAAAUUAUGGCCCCACUUAGGCUAUAAGGAUACAAAACAAAACUGUAUGCUUUAUGAUUGGCUAGUUGCUACUGUGUGACCAUGAAGUGUCCUUGGUUAAUCAGUCAGAUUCACCCCUCCCUUCUGAUGUGUUGUUUGCUGACCAGAAUGCUUCAGAACUGGACCUCACUGUGCCAACAUCCAACUUUUAUAUACAGUCUAUGUUGACAGCUACUAAGUGAAAUUACUUUUUAUUAUUCACUUUCUUAAUUGUUGCAGGUUAAAUCAGGGCAUUGUUAUGAAAGAUAAAUGCCAUUCCACCUGCAGAUAUUAACAAUUGUUACAGAUGAUGGCAACAGUUGUUGACACAGCUUCUCAGAUCCCUUCUCUGCUGCUGAUAAUGCCAUGAAAGCAGUGUGGCAUUUGGUCUGGUGACUUGUCAACUUUUGAGAUGUAUGGUCAAUGUUCAGAGUCACCCUCAGUUCAGUUCAAUUAAAAUGUCAAAGUAAUCUUGAUUUACUGUAGUUUGUUUGUAAUGGAUAGCAUACACUCAGUGGCCACUUUUUUAAGUACAUCUUGCCAGUACAGUUUUUGCCUUCAGAUCUACACUAAUUCUUCAUGGCACAGAUUCAACAAGAUGUUUGAAACAUUUCUCAGGGAUAUUGUCCAUUUAGAGAUGAUAGCAUCACACAGUUGCUGCUAUCCAUGUUGUAAAUGACCUGUUUCACCACCUUCUGAAGGUGCUGUAUUGGAUUGAGAUCUGGUGACUGUGGAGGCCAUUUGAGGCCACCACUACCAGUCUGAACCUUUGAUUAUGAAAGUGAGAUGGAUCCAUACUUGCAUACUGUUUAUGCCAAAUUCUGACCCUAUCAUCCUCUUGCUCUCGUAACCUUCUGUUGUCCAGUUUUUGUAGCCUGAGUUUCCCGUUCUUAGCUUUGCCUUAAUGUUCUUAUGCUUGCAUAAUAACAAUAAGACAAUCCUGUCCCCGUUCUGAUGCUCGGUUCGAACUUCAGCAGAUCAUCUCAACCACAAAUACAGCCCUCAAUGCUUUGAACUGCUGCCAUGUGAUUGUCUGCUUAGAUAGUUCCAUUAAAAAGUAAAUAAUAAAGUGGCCAGUGAGUGUAUAUCUCGUGUAUUUGCUGUAAAUGCUAUUUUGUUAAUAAAGUUAGAGCCUAAUUCUUCCCAUGAUUUUAGGAUCAGCAGUUCAGUGAGAGCAAAGGUAGUUUUGUCCCUGCUUACAAUCUUCUCACCAAGCUAGAAUUAGGUUCAAAUCUUCCUUCAGUAAUAAUUUUCUGGUGUAUAACCAGCCUCAGAGUGGUAUUAAGGACAACAAACCUUUGGUUUGUUGGUUCGUGUUAUAUGGCACGAACCCUUGGUUCUUGUUAUAUGGCAUUCAAACUGUAGUCGACACCCAUCAAUUUAAUUGGCACCAUGCUGCAUUUUAUUGCUGAACUUCUGAUACAGAUUCUUUUUUUCUUUUUUUUUAAAGUUAAUACAAAACCAGACAAGAGGCUCACACAUAACAAGCAUGCCCAUUUCCUCCCUCUGGAGUGCAUAGUUUCUACACAGUCCACGUCCUGUGUGGAAAAGUUGAUCAACAAAGUGAUGUCGUUAAUCUUACCUAAGCUCUUGAUACAUUUUUUUCCUUUUUUAAUGGGAACAAAGGUUGAUUUGUUUUUCAGCUGCACUGUGGCUACACUGUCAGGUCAUAUUUGACACAAUGGAGAGCUACUCCGUUCUUUACUGUAACAAACUAGCGGGUAGUCUGUAAAACUGUUGAAGCUUUUUCAACGUGCUCGCCGUUGUGUCAAACAAGUCCUCACAGAACAUCCAAAAUGAACAUUUCAAUUUCCUAAUUACACUCGUUCACAUUACAAAGUUGGAUUAUUGCAUGCAAUACAAAUCAUUCAUUAUUCUGCUAAGACAUGCAUAUUUUUUAAACCCAUAUAUUAAUGUUGCUAGAUGUCUACUUGCUUAUAAAUUGUUGAUUACAAAUUCCAAGAAAGAGCAUUACAGGGUUGUUAGAACAAAGUAUCCAAGACAGGGUGGAGAUGAUGACGGUGCAAGUCAGUACAUAGAGAAAGUGCUUUUCAAACAAGUGUCAAGUUCGCUCAGUGAGUCCUUUGCAGCCACAGAUCUACUUCAUUGUUUAUUUCUAAAUAAGAAGUGGGCUUUGAAUGGAUGUAAAAAUGCUACGAUUGAAGUUUAAAGCAUCUCUCGUGUACUAAUGUAAUAACAUGAUGCUACAGCUGCUCUAGAAUACACUUUGUUCUGCAGAAAAUAUCCUAAGCUUUCAGUGAUAAAUCCCUAACUCCCUAAAGAAAGAA